GUCAGUCGCCGGGAGGAGGCGGAGGUGGAGUGAGCGAGUGGCAAAGUUUCUCGGGCGGGAGAGAAGGAAGUCGCCGGGCCGCGCCGUUGAGGCCGGUCGGAGGCCCGCCUGGUGCCGUGACGGGAAUAAUCGGGUGGCGCGAUUGGAGCAACGAGAGGGCGGCGGUGGAUCACCCCCUUUCCCCCUCGGGACAGCCUCUGGAGCUUGAACCCCGACCCUGAGGAGUGAAUCACCUACCCUCGGGGCCGCACGGAGGGAAAGCCGCUCUUCCCGGGGGAUCAGACCGAUAUUCUCGGGAGGGGACAGGCUACGAACGUUGCCCCUUCCCUAUCCCAGAGGAGAAAUAUCAGAGACCCUGCUCAAAUUUCUUCACUCUUUGAAUGGAAGCAACUGGUUUCGGGAGCCAGUGAGUUCGGAAUCGUCACCUUUUCGAGUGGCGAGGAAAGAGGAGUAUAAUUUCUCCGGUCACCUUGAGGAAUUGGAGAACUGACCGGCGGAGAUAAAAGAAGAGUUCCUGACUCAUCAUAUCCCGACUGAGUAUACAGAGGAGGCGGCUUUUGUGAAUGUUUAGUUUAAAAGUCUGGGAUGUGGUCAUGAAACACCAAACCGGUCAGAGGUGAAAGAUUAUCCUAUUUGUAAUUUUGUUUUAAAGGAGCAUUUAAAUCAAGUUGUUUUUAAGGUUAAUAAAUUGCUAGUGAAACUGAAGGGUGUAUGUAUUUGCCACCUUAUUUUCUUGGGGUGGAAACAUUGGAAACUCACCAAGAAUUUUUAAAGCAUUGAAGAGAAAAACACUUCCAUCGUCUACAGAAUUUAAAGUGACAUUUGGGGGAAUUCCCAGCUCUGGGAGGAUGCCGAUUCGUAAACAAGAUGCUCAGCGAGCUCUGAAGCUCCUGGAGAAUUAUCGUGCCAAGCUCGCAAAGACUGAGGACCGUCAGCUCCGCGCGUCCAUCGAAAGGGUCAUUAAUAUAUUUCGGAGCAAUCUCUUCCAAGCAUUAAUAGAUAUUCAGGAAUUUUAUGAGGUUUCAUUGCUGGAUAAUCAACCAGUUCCUCAAAAAAACAGUGGCAUUGUUCCAGCUGUCCAUAACUGGGAUAUUUCUAGCCUUCCAAGCACAAUUGUUGCAUCAGAAUCGCCUCCCAUCAGCCUUAGCCCUAAUGCAGAGAAGUAUCGUUAUCAAGAUGACGAUGCAUCUCCACAAGAACACAGCUCUCCGCAGAUUAGCAAUGACAUGAAAGGCCCAGAGCUUGUACAUGUAUCAGAGAAGAACCUCUCUCAGAUUGAGAACAUUCAUGGUUUUGUUUCUCAGUCACAUAUAUCUCCAAUGAAGCAGAUAGAAGCUACUCCUCCCUCUACUCCUGUUAUCCCUGUGAUCCCUGUUAUGCCAGUCCCCGCUGAAGCCAGUGUCUUCUCGUCUGACAGUCAACAGGCUAAUCCACCUCCUGUUGUGGUGAAUACAGAUAGUUUGGAGUGUCAGCCUUACGUCAAUGGUACCGAUACAGACUAUGAAUAUGAGGAAAUCACGCUGGAAAGGGGAAAUUCUGGCCUCGGAUUCAGCAUUGCAGGUGGCACCGAUAAUCCACAUAUUGGUGAUGAUCCAAGUAUAUUCAUUACAAAAAUCAUUGCAGGAGGUGCAGCUGCACAGGACGGAAGACUGCGGGUGAAUGAUUGCAUCCUUCGAGUAAAUGAUGUAGAUGUAAGGGAAGUAACACACAGCAAAGCGGUAGAAGCUUUAAAAGAGGCUGGAUCGAUUGUACGAUUAUACGUGCGAAGAAGGAAACCAGUCACAGAGAAAAUCUUAGAGAUAAAACUAGUUAAAGGGCCAAAAGGUCUCGGUUUCAGUAUAGCUGGAGGGGUAGGAAACCAACACAUUCCUGGAGAUAACAGCAUCUAUGUAACCAAAAUCAUUGAAGGAGGGGCUGCACAUAAAGAUGGCCGGUUGCAGAUAGGCGACAAAAUUCUGGCAGUGAACACAGCCAGUCUAGAUGAAGUUACCCAUGAAGAUGCAGUGACAGCUUUAAAAAACACAGCAGAAGUGGUAUACUUGAAGGUUGCCAAGCCAACCAGCAUGUAUGUGCAUGAUGGGUAUGCACCUCCAGACAUCACCAACUCCUACUCACAAAUGGAAAACCAUAUUACACCAUCAAACUAUUUAGGGAGUACAGAAUACAAACAGUCUCUCCCUCCAUCAUCGCCGGGCAGAUACUCCCCAAUCACUAAAGUCGUGGGUGAUGAUGAAAUGACCAGGGAGCCCAGAAAAGUGGUUUUGCAUCGAGGAUCCACAGGACUAGGCUUUAACAUUGUUGGCGGUGAAGAUGGAGAAGGAAUUUUUAUUUCCUUCAUAUUAGCAGGAGGCCCAGCUGACCUGAGUGGUGAACUAAGAAAAGGCGACAGGAUAAUUUCGGUGAAUAGUAUUGACCUGCGGAGCGCCACCCAUGAGCAGGCAGCAGCAGCACUGAAAACUGCUGGCCAAGCGGUCACUAUUGUAGCACAAUAUAGGCCAGAAGAAUACAGCAGAUUUGAAGCCAAAAUCCAUGACUUGCGGGAGCAGAUGAUGAACAGCAGUAUCAGCUCAGGAUCAGGGUCACUGCGCACCAGCCAGAAGCGGUCCCUCUACGUCAGAGCUUUGUUUGACUACGACAAGACCAAAGACAGUGGCCUGCCGAGCCAAGGCCUUAAUUUCAGUUUUGGCGAUAUCCUUCACGUGAUCAAUGCAUCAGAUGACGAGUGGUGGCAGGCUCGACAGGUAACGCUGGAUGGUGAGAGUGAGGAAAUUGGAGUGAUCCCAAGCAAACGAAGAGUUGAGAAGAAAGAACGGGCCAGGUUAAAGACAGUGAAAUUUAAUUCAAAAUCAAGAGAUAAAGGGCAGUCAUUCAAUGACAAGCGUAAAAAGAACAUCUUUUCCCGAAAAUUCCCCUUCUACAAGAGCAAGGAGCAGAGUGAGCAGGAAACCAGUGACCUUGAACAGCAUGUAACCUCUAAUGCCAGUGAUAGUGAAAGUAGUUACCGUGGUCAGGAAGAUUACGUCCUCUCAUAUGAGCCAGUUGGACAGCAGGAGGUCCGUUACUCUCGACCAGUUAUAAUUCUGGGACCCAUGAAAGAUCGAAUUAAUGAUGACCUAAUCUCGGAAUUUCCAGACAAGUUUGGGUCAUGUGUUCCACACACGACCAGACCAAAGCGUGAUUAUGAAGUGGACGGUCGAGAUUAUCAUUUUGUCACAUCCAGAGAACAAAUGGAAAAGGAUAUUCAAGAUCACAAAUUCAUUGAAGCUGGGCAGUACAACAAUCACCUUUAUGGAACCAGUGUGCAGUCUGUCAGAGAAGUAGCAGAAAAGGGUAAACACUGUAUCUUGGAUGUAUCAGGAAAUGCCAUUAAGAGACUCCAAAUAGCCCAGCUGUACCCAAUUGCUAUCUUCAUCAAACCAAAAUCUGUUGAAAAUAUCAUGGAAAUGAAUAAACGUUUAACAGCAGACCAAGCAAAGAAAACUUUUGACAGAGCCAUGAAACUUGAACUGGAAUUUACUGAACACUUCACAAGUAUUGUGCAGGGAAAUUUACUGGAGGAGAUUUACACCCAGGUGAUACAGAUCAUUGAAGAGCAGUCUGGGCCUUACAUCUGGGUUCCAACCAAGGAGAAACUGUGAAGUCACAUCAUAAACAUUGUCCAUUGUGCGUGUUGGCUCUGGAUCCCCUUCCACAGGAUUAAUUCGUUCCUGUGAUCACAGAUCUCUCUUUCUUUGUGUGUCAUGAAAAGUGAUUUGUCUUUCAACUGGGGGCAUUCACAUCUCUUUUUUUGUGGAAAUUGCUUGUAUGUGAUACUCAGAAUUACCUCCAUUGUUUUAUUUUCAUGAAGGGGCAAGGCCAAACUAGCUGAUGAAGGGAGAUACUAUGGUACAGUUCCUUAAUGUUUAAGGGCAACAAAUCUUCCAGCAAUUUUCAGAAAAAGCUUUAUAUAUAUUUUUCUUUUAAAAAAAUAAACAAAGGGAAAGUAAUCUUCAUGUGUAGCAUUGGAUUUGGAAAAUAAUAAUUCUAAGCAGCUUUUUGCACGGUGAAUUUUGGAAGCAUGGUUUGGCAGUGGAAAUCUUGGCGGCUUUAUUUUUUAUUGUUUCUUCAUUACCUGGCAAGGCUAUUGGGAGGUCUUUUAAUUCUUCCUUUCUGUGCUGGUUAAGUGAGUCCCACAUACAUUGAACAAAUUAUAAAUCCACAUCAAUCUUUAAUGUGCAAAGGAAUUUUUAUUCACUUUACAGAGGUCCUUUAAUAAGACCAUGCUUUUAGUUUUAUUUUUCCUUUUGACAGUCGAAAUGCACGAUAAAUAAAAUGUUUAUAUUGAAAGCCGAUUAGAAUGUGUUCCUGUGAUACCGCAGGUAUUACUUUCAAUUUUGCGGAGAGUCUACUUUUAUGAAUUUGAUUAUUGAGGGUGGGAGGGGAGCAAAGAGAAGCCAAUGAAUAUAGACUAUUUUAAUUGAUAACUGACUUGAUUUUCAAUAGGACUUUUUGAAUAAGGAUGUUUUGGGCAAUGCAGUGAUAUCGAGUAAGGAAGUAGAGCUGACAGAGGAACAGAGCUGAAAACUAAAUCAUGACUAUUUGUAAUGGGCUGCAAGAUUUGAGAUUUUAAGAUAUAUAAUAAUUAACCCUUAGUAAUUAUGUAUUUUGAUAUAAAUUAUCAACUAUAUUAAGCAUACUUUUAACAAAAUACAUUAUAUAACUUACCAGGAAUAUAUAUUUUCUUUGCUUCUAACCAUUUCAUCCAUGAAUGUUUUCUUUACUUUCCAAGUAGGUGUGAAUUAGUUUUCCCAUCUUUAACCAUUGUGGAUUAUACAGGGAAUGUGGUGGUGGGGGUAACAAAAGUGAUAUUUUGAGAAUAAAUACAAGAAAUAACUCAAAAGAGCCAGUCCUCUCUACCCCCACCCUCCCCCUGAAAGUUCUGUGUGAGAUUCUUCUAAGUGAUGUGCAUGUUUCCAAAGCAUUAAAGGCAACUUUAAAUACAUUUUUACAUUUUCUGUACAUUUUCAAAUCAGAAUUGCAAAAAUGUCAUAUCUUCCACUGUGGCUCUCAAUCGGACUUUUACAUGCUUUGUUUUGGAGAAUUUAUUUUAGCAGUUAUAAAGUUAUGUUCUCAAAUGAAGCUUUCACACUACAUUAUUAGAUUAACUGCCUGGUACCUGACCUUUGCUAGUAAUUUGGAGAUGACUUGUUUUAUAUAAGAAUAAUGUGCAUACAAGCAGUCCAGUAACCAUGAUCUUCUGGUACUGCAGUUUGUACAGACUCAUCUGUAUCCAUUCCAUUGUCAAAAGAGGGGAACAGCUAAUAAAAUUUAAUGUAAAAUUUA